AUGGAGGCUUCGACUCGACCUUCACAGAAUGAGAGACUACGUUCGGUUGCACAAGCCGAUGUUCCCCCUGCUGCUCACUUAGCUUGCCAAGUUACCUCUUCGAGCUCGACUUAUGCAAUGCCGGCCCUCGCUGAAUUGAUAAGUGCAAAUGUAGUUAGGUUUUCCAAGGAAGCUUGCCCUACAAGAAGGGCUGUUGAUGUUGUGGUUGUAGGUAAUCAAGCUCAAGCUAGCAUGGUUGCUAGGCUUGGGUCGUCUGUUGCGAAAGGACAAAGGGCCGACCCAAUCUACUAUAGAUCGAGUUGCUACUCGUUGAGCCGGGUCGAAGCAAUCUCUUCCAAGGCGAAUGCUUACGCCAUAACAAGCCGAUUGAUACUCGUCGCUUCGGUACGGAAUGGGUCCCAAAAUGUUCGGCUAGUAACCUCCACUCCAAAUUCGCACAUGAGAUUUGGUAAAGGGAAAGCUAAGGCAACGGGGGGUGGUGCAUUAUGUGACAUUGAGGAGGGCCGGAGGUGGCUAGGUAGCCCAUCUGCUGGGGUCGCUAGUCAUAAUGGCCUCGAUUACCCUCGAGAGAAUGGAAGAGGUCCCCGGCAUGGCGGUUAUUGA